AUGUCUUCCACCAAUGGCGAUCCUUCGAUCCCUAACUUUAUCAGCCAGUCCCCCCUCCCCUGCAUCGUCGACAACGCCCCCUUUACCCCAGCCAACACCUACCCGGUCUACCGCACCGACCAACCCUCCACCCUGCCACGUGGUGUCCUACACCAAGUGCACAGCAUCGCCCCCUCGGAUGUCGCCCGCAUCGUUCAGUCUUCCUAUGCCGCUUUUCCCGGCUGGAAGGCAACCGCCGUCACGCGUCGACGUGAGAUCCUCCUGAAAGCAUGCAGCCUCCUCAACGAGCGUAUCCCCGAGUAUGCCGCCAUUACCAUGGCCGAGACCGUGGUCUCUCGCGGAAUGGCAGGCUUCGAACUCGCCGUCCUCGCCACGGGUCACCUCCAGUCCGCUGCCGAAAGCAUGACCCAGGCUCUCAAGAGCGAAAUCCUCCCUCCCGGAGCAGACGGCGCCAUAAAGAUCGUCAAGCGCGAACCGUUUGGCGUCGUGCUGGCUAUCGCACCUUGGAACGCGCCGUUUAUCCUGGGGCUAAGAUCGGUGCUGUACGCGAUCGCAGCGGGAAACACGGCCAUCCUCAAGACGUCCGAAUUCGCUCCUCGCGUGCAUCUCAGCGUAGCACAGAUCCUUAUCGAAGCCGGACUGCCCAAGGGCGUGCUCAACGUCGUCCACGUCGACCCACAACACGCGCCCGAAGUUACCGAAGCGCUCAUUGCCCACCCGCGUAUUCGCAAGCUCAACUUUACCGGCUCCACCCGCGUUGGGCGCAUCAUCGCAGCCACUGCCGCCAAGCACCUCAAACCGGUCGUGCUCGAGCUCGGAGGCAAGGCACCCCUGAUCGUGCUCGAAGACGCCGACCUGGACCUGGCCGCCAACGGCAUCCUGUUUGGCGGCUACUUGAACAGCAACCAGAUCUGCAUGGCGGUAAACAACGUGCUGGUGCACGUCAAUGUUGCAGCCAAGCUGACAGAGACGUUGCAGACGCUGUUUAGCCAACACCGCGAGGUGUUUACGGCUAAGUUGGCGCAGGGGAUGGAGGACAGGCAUGGGCUGCGCUCGCUGUUCACUGCAGCCUCGGCGGACCGCUUGGAGGUGUUGUACAAGGAUGCGACCUCCAAGGGCGCCAAGGUAGUUGUUGGAGAGGCAAGGUUCGAUGGCGCGCUCGUGCAGCCCAUCAUACUCUCCCCCGUUGACAAGAGCAUGAAGAUCUACACCGAAGAGACCUUCGGCCCCGUGCUGUCGCUGAUCACCUUCACCUCGCCCGCCGAGGCUGUCGAGAUCGCCAACACCCCCGACUACGGCUUGGCCGCCAGCAUCUAUACGCGUGACCAAGUCCUGGGUCUGGCGCUCGCUGACCAGAUCGACGCCGGCCAGGUCCACAUCAACAGCCAGAGUGUCCAUGACGAUCCAUUCAUGCCCCACGGCGGCUGGAAACACAGCGGAUAUGGCAGAUUCAACGGCGUAGAGGGCGUCAGGGAAUUCACACAGACCAAGGGUAUUACUAGUCAGAAGGGUGCCCCCACGCCGCUCCACUAUAUCUGA